CAUUUUUCUUUCUUUCUUGUUAGGCUUCUUCUCUUGAUUUUUCCUCCUCACCUUCGUUGUCCACUUCCCCGAAAACAAGUCACAAUUGGUGCCGUGUAAGCCAUGGAUCUUGAGUCAUCUGACAGACAAGUGUUGGAAGGAAAACAGAUGGGUAAUAAUGGUAAGCUUCCUUUUUCAUACUCUUCAUCUUCUCCUCGGAACAAAACACAGCUAUCUCCUCUUGGAAACUCCGCACGGGAGCCUCAUCAGAUUCACGACAACCACCACCAAAGGAGUUCCGACUGGUUAGGCAACACGUACGACGCUGAAGAGGAUAAGGAAGAAACCAUCACGGCCUCUGCAAGUGAAGCUAAUUCUGCAGUCAUGGACUCAGAUUCAACGCUUGAGCUUAGGACUAGUGCAAGUGACAACAUCGAUAAAGAACACUUGUUCGACAAAGUAGUCACUCCAAGCGAUGUGGGGAAACUCAACCGGCUUGUUAUCCCAAAACAACACGCUGAGAAGUAUUUCCCGUUCGAUUAUUCCACGAACGAGAAAGGUCUAGUUUUGAAUUUCGAGGACAGAAAUGGGAAGCCGUGGAGAUUCAGGUACUCUUAUUGGAAUAGUAGCCAAAGCUAUGUUAUAACCAAAGGGUGGAGCCGUUUUGUCAAGGAUAAGAAACUAGAUGCCGGCGAUAUAGUUUCUUUCCAGAGAGGAGUCGGUGAGUUGGGUAAAGAUCGUCUUUUUAUUGAUUGGAGACGGAGACCUGAUGCAGCGGAGACGCAGGUGUCUUUCCUUCCCCAUCAUCAGCAACACCAUUUCCCCUUGCACCGCUCCAUCCCAUGGAGUCCAUUGCUAAUGCGACGGCCACCACCUGGAAGAGAAGAUCACUUGCACUUGUCACAGAUACACCCUCUUAACCAACAUAGCUACUACGGAGGUUACGUGGUUUCGGCAGCCCCACAAAUGGAAAUGGGAAUGAUGGAGUGGCAACAGCAAGGUGGAGUUGUAGAGCCGGUUGCGUUCGAUUCGGUGCCGGUGGUCCCAGGCAAGGCAGCAGCCAAGAGGUUAAGGCUUUUCGGGGUGAACAUGGAUGUGAUAUCCACAACUACCUUAGAAAACGCUACAAUGGCAUCGCAGCCUCUUCAACGCUCUUCAUCGUCUCAGCAUCCUCUCCAAUUAAGGCUCUACAAUGGCACCCCACUGUCCCCCUCUGAGUUUCUUAACCCCGACAAAGGGAAGGCUUCCGUGUCCUUGGACUUAGAUACCUGACCACAAGCUAUAUAUUUGGCAUAAAGUUUCUUCAACACCAAG